CCUGUGGAACCUCUCGGCUUCCGUUGAGCAUGAGCAAGAUGGCAGCCUCCGAGACGGUUAGGCUACGGCUUCAAUUUGACUACCCGCCGCCGGCCACGCCGCACUGCACGGUCUUCUGGCUUCUGGUGGACCUGAACAGAUGCCGAGUUGUCACGGAUCUCAUCAGUCUCAUCCGCCAGCGCUUCGGCUUCAGUUCCGGGGCGCUCCUGGGCCUCUACCUGGAAGGGGGGCUGCUGCCCCCCGCCGAGAGCGCGCGCCUGGUGAGAGACAACGACUGCCUCAGGGUUAAAUUAGAAGAUGGAGGACUCCCUGAGAAUCUGGUCAUAAGAAAUGGUGGCGACUCUCAUUUUGUACCCAGAAAAGCGAAGAAGCGGGCUUUUAAGUUGGUGGAGGAUGAAGAGACGGAACUGGGUUCCAAGUGCUCAAAGAAGCCCUGGAAAAAGCAGGAGGAGGGCCAUAGUGAGAAGGCCUUGGGCCCGGAAACAAAACAGGUUCCAGAUGAGAUGGGGAGGGCGAGAAACAAGAGAAAGAGCAAAGUAACCGGCAGCCCAGCAGAGGAGGAGGAAGAGGCCAAAAAGAAAUCACCAAAAAGAAAGGAGAAAUGUGAACAUAAGAAGCAGACCAAGGCCUCCAAGUCUUCCAAAACACCAGCGCCCAAGGAGUGGAGCCCACAGAACUGCAGCUCCCCCAGGGGCUCCCCCAGAGGCUCCCCGAAGGGCUCCCCCAAGUGCUCCCCCAGAAGCAGCCUCACUAAAGCCCGGAGGAAAAGCAACGCGGGACCCAAAGGGAGCCCAGGCUACCUGUCAGAGUCGGAUUCCGGUCCAGAGUCAGUCGGCGAUGACCACUGCAGUGUCACAGUGCAGGGGGGCACCUUUUCCGAGAAACUGUCAGCUGAGCUGUUGAAAGAUGGGCCCGCUACAAAAUCUGCAGCUGCCACCAGACAGUCCUCAAAGCCUGCCUUCGCCUUCAGCUCCGGCAAGGGCAAGGCCGCCCGAACCUCCUCAUCCAGUUCAGACUCCAGUUCGGAGUCAGAGGACCAGUUUGUGGUGUCCCAGAACAUCCCCGAGGGCACCUCGGACUUCCUAAAGGCAGCAGGCCUCUUUGCAGGGCAAGGGUGUCCAGAGCUGAUGGUGCAGACGCCGGGAAUUAUGGGAUGGAAAACUGACUCAAGCAGAGGCAGGCAGACUGCUGGUCCUUCUCCCAGUGUGCCUGUCUCCAGCAGUUUGGGAAGAGGAUGGGGACGAGGAGAGGACUUCUUGUUUGGGAAGGGACUGAGGGGCCGGGGUGUCCGGGGCCGAGGUCGAGGCCGAGGCCAUGCUAUCUCCUGUAUCUUAAACAGAAGCUCUGAGAGCCAGAAGCAGAAACAGUUAAAUGACAUCCUAACGAACUCAUCCAUUGUGAUCCAGAAUCCUGUAGAGACACACAAGAAGGACUAUAGCCUAUUGCCACAGUUGGCAGCUGCCCCUCAAGUCGGCGAAAAGAUUGCAUUUAAGCUGUUGGAACUCACGUCGGACUACUCCCCCGAUGUCUCUGAUUACAAGGAAGGAAAAAUAUUAAGCCACAACCCAGAGACCCAGCAAGUGGAUAUAGAAGUCCUCUCAUCCUUACCAGCUCUGAAAGAACCUGGGAAGUUUGAUUUGGUCUAUCACAAUGAGAACGGAACCGAGGUGGUGGAGUACGCCGUGACGCAAGAGAGGAGGAUCAGUGUGCACUGGAAAGAGUUGAUUGAUCCGAGACUGAUUAUUGACUCUUCAAAUAGCAUCUCAAGUAAAUAGCUUGUCUGCACAUAAGCUCUGACCUCAUCGCCUCGAAGUCUAUAAGGAUUGUUUGUGACCGUGACCAUAGCCUGGAGUUGUAAGAAGAAGAUUAAAUGUCGUUUGGACUCUCUGUUAUCUUCACUUUACCAUAUUAGAAAAAGAGAUCUACCUCAUCGUUUAGAGUGACAUGGGUGUUAGUUUGUGGACCUUUAUUUCCCUCAGGCUAAGUUCAGUAACCCAGUUGAAAGCGCGGUGUUCCCUGUGGGCGGACCAGUAUGGCAGGGCGCUUGCCUCUCUUCCACCUGUCGGACCACAGUAGCAAUCGUCAGUAGGAGUUUACAGUACCACACGCAAGAUCGUGCUGUGCAUCUUGUUUUUUAAGUCACAUUUUCAAAUACUAAGGCAUGUUUCUUGACUUAAUUUUUUACCAUGUGAGUUGUUCUGUUAAGCAUGGAGCAUCUCACGCAUUCUGAGUGUUUUAUACUUGUCAUCCUCAAGACUUAAUGGAGUUGGAUUUGUUGCAGGUGAUGAGUUAAGGAAUCCUUUCCCAUUGUUCCAGCUGUAAAAUACAGGGUUCUCAGGGCCUGUGUGUGUAGAGGGCAGUGGGAAGACAACCUCGUAUUGCCUGGAGGACAAUUGGCCUCCCACUGCCAGAGGGCUGGCCAUGAACCUCAGACUAGGGGCAAGUGACCUUGCCACCAAGGAUGCCAGGAGUCUUGGCUCAGUGUGCUGAAGUGAGGAUCUUGAACAGAAACUUCCUUUUCUGCUAUUAUUCAGCAAAGCUAAAGGCUGAAUAUAAACUGUGCAAAUUGCUUUAACAAAAACUUAGAUCCCUCCUUCAGCUUUGCAAAUUUUUAAAUAAAAUCAUACUGAACUCAAUUUCCAUGCUGAGUUAUCAUGUUUGAGUCCUACAAAUAGUCAUCUUGGUUUUAUAAUCAUUUUUAUAACAAGGCAGCUUGCUUUGCACCUGGGAGGCCCAGACAGGAAGUUUAAAAGUUCAGGGACAGCCUGGGCUGCAUAGUGGGAUAGUAUCUGAAAAAAGUUGUUGUUGUUAUUAUUAUUAUUAUCAUUAUUAUUAUUGCUUUGACCCAGUCUGUUGUCAAAAAGUGUGGUUCAGUGGAGUUCUAUACAAUCUGGGAGCUGUUGGAUCAAUGAAGAUUCUGUUUAAUUAAUCUGUAUAAUGGGAAAGUAUGUCAAAGUGUGUAUUUGCCGAUUUGUAGUGAUGAGUUUUACUCUAGGAGGGCAGCUCAGCCCUAAGUGGUAGGACUUUGGCAGUGAGCCUUUGUAUAGCAUGCUGUCUUUACACGGCUUGGAAAACAGAUUGAGAAAAGUAGUCAGUAUUGACUGGGCUCAGAAGUGUGGACCUCAGGGUGUGUUUUCAGAUGUAAUCAGCAUAUGAACUGCCCUUCCCUCUAUGCUGAAAAUAGAAUGCACAGAAAGAUGAAGUCAGUUAGGGUUCAUAAGCUGCUUUCUGAAAAACACAGGAGUUUAGAAAAAUAAGUAUAUCAUGUCCAAUGAAUUAAAAUUUGUUUUAUGAAA